AUGGCUGAAACAGGAGUUUGCAGCAAUCCUAGCUCUGCAUGCAGUCUGCUGUCUAAACCAUUGAAGCCUCCAAGAAAAUGCCUUUGUGGAAACAUUUGCCACGCCGAAGGCAGCGACGAGGACAGCACUCCAACAACUGCGCCCCAAACCCCCAGCUCCUGUGAGGCCUCUGAAGGCGUCGCGCGCCGCCUCAGGUGUAUAGACAGCGCAUCUAUGAAUGAUAAGGGGCAGCAUAAGACUGCAGAGACAAUCGGGAUGCCCACAGCAAAUGAGGUGCAGCAGGGGCUGCGUAAUAAUGGCCUCAAGGGAGGCGCUAAUCUUCCUAAAGGGCAGCCGACAGCAGCAGCAGCAGCAGAAGCAUCUCAAACUAUUCAUAUAACGCUUACUCCUGCGCCAAAGCAAGAGUCUAGCGCCACCUCCAGUUGCUGCCCGCAGGGGAUCACUAGGCUGCGUCCCACCCCAAGCGGCAGCAGCAGCAUACCGUGCAUGCAGCGCGCUCCUGCUGCUACUACUGCUGCUGCUGCACCUGCUGCUGCGAAUCCCAGUGCGCAUGGUUUAAUACCGUCGAGGGAGGAGGAAACAAAGACAGGGGCAGUCUGUGCACCGCCAGCAGCGGCCGGCGACCAGCAGCAGCUGCAGCAGCUGCUAGAGGAAUAUAGUCUUCGUCGUUCUGCCUUUGAACGCAACAGCAGCCAGCGAUAUGAAAGGGUGUUGGAUUCUGGAAGACCGCGGAGGCGAUCGAGUGCCCUGUGGAAUGUGAAUCAAAGCGGCAGCCAAAUGCGGCUGCAGGCGCAGGCUCCCUCUGGGGGGGCGCAUGCAACUGGGGCGCAUGCUCGUAGGAGGGGGCAAGACGGCGAGACAGCGGAAGCUGUGACUUCUUCUUCAGGAGAAGAGGCCUCGUGCAGAGCAAACGAGGAAGCUGCAAAUGCGAGAGACAGCCAAGGGUCCCAGGGGCAGCAGGAGGGAGGGGCUGCACGACGAAGUAGAGGGGGGGCCCACCGCUCUUUCCCUUACCGGCAGUUUCAUGUUCAUCAUUUCCUGCCAGAGCCACAGAACAAAGUGGGACUGCUGACCCAUCCAACUCCUGCGCAGUUCAAUAAGUACCCGAAAGCUCGAGGCGUCUGGUUCGACCCCCACCGCAAUCUUGUGCGCACCUGCUGGAAGGAGAACGGGAAGGCAAGGACUAUGGGGUUUCCUGUGAAUAAGUUUGGCCUGGAAGAAGCCCGUACAUUAGCAGUUGAAUACCAUUAUUAUAAAUGUCCCACGGACCCGCUCCCUGACGAUCUUUUGUCACUCGUCCCCAGGAAACCCCCGCAUGCAUACGGCUGGUGUUAG